AGUUGCGUUCAUUACCAUGCGAGACGCAUGUGGGUUGUUAGUUGUAAGAAAACUGCGAUAGAAAAAUUUAUCAUUUAAUGUAUUCGUUCCAUUGUUUGAAAUAUUAGAAAUGGAGUUUAACAGAGAUGAGCACCAACAUCUAAGAUACAAUCCCUUGAAAGCAGAAUGGAUUCUGGUCUCUCCCCACCGAGGUAUGCGCCCUUGGAGUGGACAAACGGAAACUCCAGAAGUUGAAGUAGUGCCUCAGUUCGAUCCUACGAAUCCCCUUUGCCCGGGCGUAAAAAGAUCCUCUGGGCUAGUAACCCCCAACUACACUUCUACAUAUGUAUUUACAAACGAUUUCCCCGCUUUACUUGAAGAUGGUCCAGAGCCUGAACCUAGCGACGAUCCAUUAUUUCAAAUACAGGCUGCUAAAGGUACAUGCAGAGUAAUAUGUUAUCAUCCACAUUCGAAUGUUUAUUUGACGAAUUUGGAAGUCAAAGAUGUUAUUUCCGUGAUUAACGAGUGGAUAAAUCAACUUAAUGAAUUAGGACAAAAGUAUACUUGGGUCCAAAUUUUCGAAAACAGAGGAGCUAUGAUGGGAUGUUCUAAUCCUCAUCCCCAUUGUCAGAUUUGGGCUUCUAAUUUUUUACCAAAUGAACCAAGAGCUAAAGAUACGAAUUUAAGAGAAUAUUUUAAUAAAUACAAACGACCUAUGCUGAUGGAUUAUUUACAAAGAGAAAUUGAAAAAAAAGAAAGGGUAGUUUACGAAAACGAUGAAUGGGUAGUACUAGUACCGUAUUGGGCGAUUUGGCCAUUUGAAACUAUGGUUUUACCAAGAAGAAACGUGAUUAGGUUCUCUGAUAUUGACGAUAAACAAAAAACAGCGCUAGCCGUAACUCUACAAUCUAUAGUAGCCAAAUAUGAUAAUCUAUUUAAAUGUAAUUUUCCAUAUUCUAUGGGUUGGCAUGGAGCCCCAACUGGUAAAGAAAGAAAUACAUGCUAUCCACAUUGGACGUUUCAUGGAAUAUACUUUCCACCAUUAUUACGAUCGGCUACUGUUAAAAAGUUUAUGGUUGGAUACGAACUUUUAGCACAAGCACAAAGGGAUCUAACGCCCGAAAAAGCAGCUGCCUUAUUAAGAGAACAAUCCACGACGCGAUUUUCGUGAUUACACAAAACUGGAUAUAUUUAAGUGUAUGAUAAAUUAUUGUUCCUGAAAACUCAACAGUAAUAUAAUCAAAAUCAAAAGAUUGUUUCACAGUA